AAAACAUGGUUUCCAGGGAUAUAUAGUCCCAACGCUCACGCCAUACACCAUUCUGGCUUUCACCUGGUUGUCUAUCAUCCAACCUUCUAUCUGGAAGGAAGCAGGCAGCAAGUACAAUGUUAUCUAGGCCUCUGUCCCCACUGCUUCAUACACUUCACUGAAGAAGAUUCGGAGUUCAUUGAGUCAUGGAGUAAAUAGCUUCCCAGUUAUGGCUUUUUUGGUGACUCAGAAGGAAUCUCCUAAAAGGAGGAAAUGGACUGUGGCAGGAAGCUGAAGGACAGAGAACAAUGCAGACUUGUAUUAAGAACUGCAACAGAAAGAUGCUGAAGGACACGUACGACCUGGGAAGCAGUAGGUGUUGCUACAAGCAGAAAUUUUCCUUCUGUCAUCCUCUGGAUUCCUGGCCUGACAGACUGACACAUCUCCUGAAGUGACUGAAGAUACGGCCUUCAUGAAGCAAUGAACACCACCAAUGCAACACAGUGUCCCCCAGUGGAGUUGCACCUGGUCAUCCCAACUCUCUUGAGUGUCUUCUCCUUGGUUGGACUUGUCUUCAAUGGCUUCAGCUUGUGGAUCUUCUGGUUCGUCAUCAAGCACUGGAAUUCAGGUGCCAUGCUCCAGUUUAGCCUCGCCUUGGCGGACAGCAUGAUCCUUCCGCUCGCCCCUUUGAUGGUGACCUAUUUCUACUUGGGCAGCCACUGGCCUUUUGGGGAAUUUCUUUGCCAGCUUCUAGCCUUCUUGCUCAACACCCACUUCUAUGGGAGCGUCUACUUCCUGACGCUCAUCUGCAUCCACAGGUACCAAGUUAUUGUCCACUACAACACCAAGACACUCUGGAGGCGGAGAUCCUCCUUGAAGAAGCUCAUCUUGGUCUUCUGGUCUCUCCUCUUUCUGCAAGGGCUCCCGCUGUUCUUCUUCCUCAAGACCUCGGUCAUCAGCGGCAAGGUGAAGUGCAUGAGCAUCCUUCAGUCCGAGAUGUCCUCCCUCUACUUCGCCUAUGGCAUUUUGAGAGGGACCUGCUUCCUUCUCUCCUUCGGCAUCACCUUCAUCUCCUACAUGAGGCUGGGGAUCUACAUUGCGAACAUCAACCCAGCCAGUCUCAGAGGCCAGGUGAUGAAGACCAAAUCCAUACAGAUCAUUGUCCUCACUCUCCUCGUUUAUGCCGUCGGCUUCGUGCCCGUCCACGUCUGCAUGACAGUGGCUGCCAUCAUGAGGCUUUAUGAGAUCUCCUGCACACUUCUCAACCAUAUCCAAAUCGCCUAUUAUGUUUCUGUCGUCUUCAGCGUGGUCAACUCUUGCCUCGAUCCCUUCAUCUACAACUUUGCCAAUGAGAAGUUUCACAAAUUUAUUUCCCAGUUCUUAAAGAAGUUCUUCCUCUCCAAGUGA